GCCAUCGCAUUUUUAUAUUCUUCAAUCGGUGGCAGAGGCGACUCAGUAAAGAACUGGCGAGAUAAUAUUCUGACUAAAAGGAAAGGACUUUCCAGUCUACGCAGUAACAUCUCACCUGCCUUCCAUGAGUUCAUUAUGGUUAGAUUCCAAGUAUCUCGGAAUAUGGGUGUAUGGAGAUGAACUCAAAUUGACGUAAUGCUGUUCAAACCUUAAAUUUCACCAUCACCAUCUACAUUCUCCGCGGAGAAAACAUUUUUGGCAAUGCCUUUGCAGAUUCAUGACGCUUUCAACAAUGUAGUUUGGACCCAAAUAUCUUUAUGCAAUUUGUCUCUGUGGUACAAUAAUGUCAUGUUUACUUCAAGAAAAGAUAUAGCUAAAAGUUCUAGGAGCCUGGCAAGUUCAGUAUUUGCCCCCAGUUUGCGAAAUGGAUAUCUUCCAAGGAUUAUUGAUCUGGAUAGUAUAAAAAAAUCUCCAGCUUUUCAUAGUCCGCAAAAAUGGAUAUCCAAACUCAAAUUUAUAGAUGAUUCAGAAAGGAUACAAUCUUAUAAAACAUUGGAACAAUCUUGCAUUGCCCAAAUCUUAUCAUCGCCUCCGAGAAUGACGCAUGCAACUAGAACAGUUGUGCCUCGAGACUUGCUUAUUCCUUUCAGAGUUAUGAGAAAUCCAAUGAUCUCGGAAAGUACAGAAAAUGUUGUAGGUGGAAAAAACAAAUAUGAAUACAUAAUGACACCUUUUCACCCUAGUGAGAAGAAAUUACCGGAAGACCCUGUAGCAUACUAUCCUCGAAAUAUAUCCCUCCUAGAAGAGUAUCCAGAUUCUUUUCAGGAGGAAACUGCGAUGCUUAGAAAAUACUCGCUCAAUACGAAUCUUUAUCCUAAUAUAAAAGAUUGGAAAAGUGUUGGUUGGAAUAUAAACACAGCAAAAGUUGUGAACAAAAUAAGCUCUGAUCAAGUUGAGAAAUUGUUGUCAGGAAUUUUCACCACUUUUCCUGAUGCUCGGUCAAAGAUACUGCUUUCUGAAGGUGAUGAAGAUGAGCUUAUUUUUCUCAAAAAUGAUUUUGUUGCAAUAAAUCUUUCUAGGCUGGCAAAACACAAUCAGAAGAUAAAAUGCCAACUUGCCGAAAAAUUUCCCCUUGGGUUCAUCCCAAUCAAUGAUAAAAGCCUGCGGAUGAUCAAAGAGCUUAUUGCUUAUUGUAUUUUGAUGAAUGGACGUUUCUAAGCUGUUGAUAAUGUUACUCAUAUAAUAGUAG